GCCUGUCUGCGAGAGCGCCAGCGCCUGCCCCGGCUGCAGGGGGGGCAUGGAGCUGUCGCCUGGGGGGGUCAGAGCUGGGAGUUUGACAGUGCUGCUGCUUUCUUGUGCUUAAAACGUCAUGAAUGCGCGUGUAGAUGCACCUUCAGCUGUUAGCCUCAACCUAAAGGAACCUUCAGAAUAAGUUCACGCUUUGCAAUGAGAUGAUGUUUGCUAAGUUAACGUGUAAGACAGAACUUAUAGCUGCCAGCUUGGAUUUAAACCUAAUAUUAGAAUUUUGGGAUUGUAAAGUGAAUGUCGGUGUCCUGCCCUCGGUCCCGUCCUGGGGCUUCACGGACAUUCGCCAUGUUUUGUCGUUGCUCGAACCCCAACCAAGUCCUGAUAAAAGCCGCAUGACUAUUUGAAUUCUGUCAGCUUUCAGAAAGUACUCCUUUUUUAAUUUUAAUGUCAAACUUAGUCUCAUCCCAUUGCCUCGGCUAGGAUAUCACAACAAUAAUUUGUUUUAUGUAAUAAAAAAUACAAACAAAUAUCAGUUCAGAUGUCAAUCUUAAGAUAUUAACUUUAAAAUAGUUUAACAUUAAUGUCUUUAUUCUGUGGCUCUGUACAACUUUUUCAAUCUGGCUGAAAUUUACUUAAUGAGCAGUUACAUUUGCACUUAAAAUAAUGUGCAUCAUCUGUCUUUUAACUGCUCAUCUUGGUCAGAGUCACUAGGCUUUCAAAUAAAGAAGAAGACACUGCAUAUAUAUGAAAAUGCAUAUGUAAAAACUGUAAUACUCAAAAGUCAUUCUUAUAAAAACGUGUAAUUUUAUCAUUUGAAAAGUUUAACUGUCCUUAAAAAAAUACUAAUAAUAAUUAAUUGGUGCAAGUGGGGGAUGUGUUUCGAGCGCAGUGUGUAUGCAUUACUGCUGGUGGGUCUGCAGACCUCUGAUAGCCUUUUAAAAGGUGUCUGGGGGGCUCUUUAGCAGGCUGGCUACACCCCCCCCCCCCCACAGAGCUGCCCUCCUGGACCCCCCCUGCAGAGGGUGCCCUCUCUCCCCACACUCUGCCAGCUGCCUUGCAACACGUGGUGAAGAAACAGCACUGCUGUGCCUGGGUUCUGCGCUCCGCCCCAGAGGAAACGGUCGAGGAGAGCUCCCCAUGGGGGGGUGGGGGGGGGGGCACAUGUGUACAGAUGAACAUAAAGAUGUUAACAAGCUACCCCGUCGCUCUGUGUAGAGAAGCAGCCUGGAUAUCAAAGGGCACAGCGCCAACCCCAGACUGCCGGGGGGCCGCAACGCUCACAGCACAGGAAAGAUAUCGCCAAGCGAAGUGACAUUCCAUCGUUUGGGAGAUGAAAACGCAUGAAAACGUGGUUAUGGAGCCACCGCCAUUAGAGCAGCUCGCGUCUCCAUGAUCAAGAGGCUCAUAUCGAGAGGCAACGUUUGCAAAACAUGCGGGAGGAAGACUUGGAGCGACGUAGAUCAGCCUCUUUAAAGCAAAGCAAAACGGAUCAUCGGAGCCACUUUUAGCAGAAUGCAGAGUGCGUGCUCGACUUCUGUGUGAUGCAGUGUAAAUUUCACAAAGAUAAAUGUAACUGUAAAUAGAACAAAUAGCCGCAGUGGCACAACACCUCUACUAAUUAAGUUACAAUUGCAAAAUCUGAGGGACACUGACAGUUCAUCAUCAGCUAAACCUGCAUUCAUUCCUCACAAACGGCCCACGCUGCUGCUCUUAGACUCAUCCUGUCCAUCCCACAUCUUACUCAGUUUAAUAGAACAUGAGCCUUCAAUGCUUCAAAGUAGCCAGCUUUUUUUUUUCAUAGCUGUACAGUAAAUGGGUUGGGAACCUUCUACAGACCAAAGUCAGUCUACCAUGGGUGACAGAGCGUGGUGCCUGUGAUCGGAAGGUUGCUGGUUCAAAUCCUUGGGUCGGCAAAGUGAUGCUCAAGCAAAGACCCCUGAGCAUGGCCCUUAACGUUCAGUUGCUCCAGGGAAUAUCUGACCCUGCUUUCUCAAAAAAGCAUAUGCUUUAUAUAAUGAUGAAUUGGAUAAAAGCGUGGAAAUGUAAUGUGAAUGCAGUGUAAAAGGCGAUAUAUACAUCCUAAACGUGUGUAUGCAGGCGUGAGCGAUUCCAGCUAAGGGGACGGGCAGUGGGUGUAGGGUAGGCCUGCAGGCCCAGUGCACUGGAGCAGUGCUCAGGCACUGCCCUGGCACACCGAGCCGCCUUCUGGCUGCCGGGAGAUUGGCUUAUCAGCAGGGGGCAGAGUGUGGCCGCAGCGCGGCUGAUAGGAGCUGCCGCGUAACGGAACUGCAGAACUGUGUCCUGCGUGGGAGCACAAACACGGAGCAGGCAGAGCGGGGGCCCGAAGGAGGCAGAGCGGGGGCCCGGAGGAGGCAGAACGGGGGCCCGGAGGAGGCGGAGGGCGGCACGCUGAAGCCGUGCCCCAGGAAAACGGCCAGUGCCUUAAAGGCUGCCUGCCACUGCUUAAUGCCACUUUCCCAACUGCAGCUGCACAGCAUGUAUGGUUGUGUCACUGAACACGUGUUUGCCCAAAGGCCCAGCUCUGAAUGUGUGCAGCAGCCAACUGUGUCCUACGGCAGCGGGGGGGCUGUGAGGGGCUGGCCGUUCCAGGAAGGCUACAUGGGGGGGGGUCGGUGCCGCUGUUCACCCCCGGAUGCCGCCCACAGCGGAACCCCCAUGAUGCAGAGAUGGACUUGACCUGGCUGGAGCUUAUGUCCAUCACAGAGGAGUUUGAGACUCCCAGUGAACACCAGUUUGAGUCCAGCUCCUACCAACCAGUUGAGCCGGCAGCGACCAUGGGGACCUUUGGGAUAAGCCAGUCCCCGGCAGAGCCCCUCCUUCCCAGCUGCGGGCCGGGCCCCGUCACCACCUAUGAUGGCUCUUUCCCUGAUGCCAUGCCCUCUUGCCAGCGUGUGGGGAGCAGCAUGGAGACUCUGUACGAGCGCCCGGCCCUCCACCUGACCACCAGGGGAGUUCCAAACCAAAAUGCUCUACAGUCACCGCUGAUGAACCUGCUGGACCACUUGAGCUUCACUGGGGCCAGCAGUGGGCCCCCGAGGCUGGACGGCAUGGGCAGUGCCCAGGUGCGCCUGGCAGCGGGCCACAGAGAAACUUCCAAACUGCAAAGCGCUCCCGAUGACCUCGAAUCGGACUCGGGUUUGUCGCUUGGCUCCACCCCUCCACUGGCGUCGCCAGGGCACAUGGUGACAGGUGGUGCUGCCUACGUCGGAAGUGAGGUCACUCAAGGCUAUGGUGACAGGGAGCACCUGGAGAACACGGCGGAGCACUGCAGGGUGAGGCCUGACCUCUAUUACCCAAUGGAGUAUCAGCAUCCCAUAAGUAGCUACCCCUACCCUCCAGCCUCCUCUUCUUAUUACCCAGUACCAGAUAACUACCCCAUGAUCCAACACCAACGGCUAGUGCAGCCCAGCUCCUUGAAACACCAAAUUCUGGCACCUGGCUUCCACGACUUGCACCUCAACGGACCCGGAUUGUCGGGCAACCGAGGCGCUUCCUGCCGGACCACUUACGGCAAGCAAAAAAUCGUGGCGGGGGCAUCGGUGGCGCCGCCCAGAGGAGACAGCCCCCUGAGCAGAGAUGAGCGCAGGGCCCUGGCACUCAAGAUCCCAUUCCCACUGGAAAGGAUCAUCAAUCUGCCGGUGGACGACUUCAACGAGCUGCUGGCGCAGUACACGCUGAACGACGCCCAGCUCACGCUGGUCCGGGACAUUCGCCGGCGAGGCAAAAACAAGGUGGCGGCGCAGAACUGCCGCAAGCGCAAGCUGGAGAACAUUGUGCAUCUGGAGGGGGAACUGAGCCAGCUACGGGUGCAGAGGGAGCACCUAAUCAGGGAGGGGGCGGAGUUCCAGCACAGCCUGGCCCUGGCCCGGCGGCACCUCUCAGACCUUUACGCCGAAGUGUUCUCUCAACUCCGAGACGAGGAGGGCCUGCCGUACUCGCUGGAACACUACUCUCUGCAGCAAGCCAAUGACGGCAGCAUCUUCCUGGUGUCUCGUAAUGCGGCAGAGGCAGGAGACUGAUCCUUGGACAUUUAAGUGAAGUUUUAUAGGUCGGGUUUUUAUAAAGAAUUCAGUAUCAUUAAACAGUCUGACUCAAGACAAAUUCAUUGCCAUCCAGGACGUUGCAGGGUCGUUUUAUUGCAACUGCAACUGAAAGCCUCCCAUUCGAGAUCUGGAAGUCCAGAUGCAAACAAGAACUGCCUUUGGUCCCUGGAAACCCCAUCCUGUUCUUUUUUUUACCUUUGAUACAUUUUGUAUAAAUCUUAUAUGCUUUAAUAGGCACCGUCUAGUUUGCUAUGCCGUUAACUGCUAAUUACUUUUCACGUCAAAAUGUAAGAACUGGGCUGGUCCACAAAGAAAAGCACCAAGCAGAGUCUGUUCUGAUUUUUAUUGGUAAAACAAACUUAGAAAUAGGGCUGUACCAGCAGCCUUUAGUGUUAAAAAAAUAAAAUUCUUCCACUUUAAGAUGGACCUGCAAGAAA